CCUCGGAGUUGUGCGUUUUUUUUCGCGAGGUGCGGUCAGGUGCUUUGUGACGAUUGUGACGCUUGUCGACGCCGAUCAAGUCGUACGUACCGUCGAUGAAACUGCGCGAAACGCGUAAGCUUCCUAUCAGCGCCAUCGAAACAUCUCGUAUCAUCGUCCCGCCCGCGCCGCGACGGAAUUAAUACCUACGCGCACACUGACCUAGAAACGCUAAACUUCACGGGACGUCAUCGUUGACAUCGUUGUUUCUCCCUGAUAACGGAUCCGUGAUUACGAUGCAAGCGGAGAAGAGUGAUGCCGACACUGAGAAAAACGAGACCCUCAAUGAUGUAACAACCUCGGUUGCGAACGAGAUAACAAAUUUGAAGAUAGAAGAUGGGUCAACGAGUUCGACACCGAGUAGUCCUGGUAGCACUGAACCAGGUAGCUUUUUAGCGAGCUUUAAAGCAUUUUCGAAAUUCGGUGAUCCAAAGAGCGAUGGCAAACUGAUUACGUUAAGUCAAAGUGACAAAUGGAUGAAGCAAGCGAAAGUGAUCGAUGGAAAGAAAAUUACUACUACCGACACGGGAAUUUACUUCAAAAAGCACAAAUCCACAAAGCUCGGUAUCGAGCAGUACAAAACGUUUCUUGAAGAAUUGACUAAAAGUAAAAAAGUAGAAUUAGCGGAAAUAAAGAAGAAGAUGGCUAAUUGUGGACCACCUGGGUUUACUGGGGGUGCUAGUGGAGUUGGAAAAGCAGCGUCGACAGUUGAUAGACUUACCGAUGUCAGCAAAUAUACGGGUUCUCACAAGCAACGUUUCGAUGAGACAGGAAAAGGUAAAGGCUUAGCAGGUCGAAAGGAUAUACCAGACACUUCCGGAUACGUCCAAGGCUACCAAAAUAAAGAUACGUAUAAAGGCCAGUAGUACUCAUCUGAUUGCAAUAAUAAAUAUCUUUAAAAUCAUGCUGUUAAAGUCGUGUCUGAGCGCAGUAUGCACAUUCAAAUAGUCGCUACUCAUUGUUAGCGAACUGAAUUUCUUUACUGUUUCAUCAGCGAUCUGACAGAUGUAUCUUGAAUAUCAAUUUCACGAAAUUUCAUCUUUGAAAUGUAUACUAAGAUA